GUCAGUUACAAGUACGAAGAAUAUUCUGGAGACUUUCGUCAGCUCCCAGCUAAGGGAAACUGGCAGCCCACCUUUUUGAGGUGGAUGAAGAUGUGGAAAAGGAUGAAGACACAGCCUGCCUUGGAUCUCAAAAGGGAGGAGUGUCUAAACAUGGCUGGCUCUACAAAGGCAAUAUGAAUAGCGCAAUCAGUGUUACUAUGCGGAGUCUCCAUGCAAUGGAGGGUCAUGUGAUGGUCAACUUUCUGCCCACUAUCCUCAAGCAGCUGUUCUGUGUCUUAACCAGAGCCACACAUGAGGAUGUGGCUGUCAACAUGACCAGGGUAAUGGUUCAUGUUGUAGCCCAGUGUCACGAAGAGGGUCUUGAGCAUUACCUGAGAUCUUAUGCCAAGUUUGUGUUUAAGCCAGAGCCUUAUUCCACCACCAAUGUCAAAACAGUUCAUGAGGAGCUGGCUAAAGCAAUGUCAGCCCUACUCAAGCCAUCCACUGACUUCCUAACUAGCAAAAAGCUGCUGAAGCACUCAUGGUACUUUUUUGAAGCUCUGGUGAAAUCAAUGGCUCAUUACCUUACAGAGAGCAGGAAGGUCAAGCUUUCUCGGAACCAGCAUUUUUCUGCAUCAUUCUACCAUGCAGUGGAGACUCUGGUCAAUAUGCUGAUGCCACACAUCACUCAGAAAUAUAAGGACAACCUGGAUGCAGCUCGCAAUGCCAACCACAGCCUGGCAGUUUUAAUCAAGCUUGGCUGCCCUCGCUGCUUCACCUUCAUGGACAGAGGCUUUGUAUUUAAGCAGAUCAACAACUACAUGAACUGCUUUGUGUCUGGCGACCCCAAGACUUUGUAUGAGUUAAAGUUUGAGUUCCUGCGGGUGGUUUGCAACCAUGAGCAUUAUGUUCCUCUUAAUCUGCCCAUGCCCUUUGGAAAAGGCAGAAUACAGAGAUUUCAAGGUCUCCAGCUGGACUAUUCUCUGACUGAUGACUUCUGUCGAAACCACUUCCUGGUGGGGCUGCUGCUGAGGGAGGUGGGAGGGGCUCUUCAGGAGUUCCAAGAGAUCCGUCAGAUCGCCAUCCAGGUGCUCAAGGGACUGAUGAUCAAACACACAUUUGAUGACCGCUAUUCUGCCAAAAGCCAACAGACCCGACUUGUCACCCUCUAUCUCCCUCUGUUUGGACUGCUUCAGGAAAAUGUUUACAGACUGGACACUAAGAAUGUGAGGGAGAACACUCUGCUGCUGAAUUCCGUGAUGACUCCUCAGAAACCUGGGAGCUGCAUAGAAAAUGCUCUGCACAAAGAUGUGUUUGGGGUCAUCUCUGGGACAGCCUCCCCUCACAGCUCCACUCCAAAUGUUCGCUCAGUUCUCCACACAGGCUCCCUGGUCUCUACCGACUCUGGAAACAGCCUGUUGGACAAGAGCAAUGACAGAACCAACCUGCUCAUGUGCUUUCUGCAUAUCCUCAAGAGCAUGUCAGAGAAGGCCCUUUUUGCUUACUGGAACAAAGCAACUUCCUCAGAACUAAUGGACUUCUUUACCUUAAUAGAAAUCUGCCUUCAUCAGUUCAGAUACAUGGGGAAGAGAUUCAUCACCAGAAACCAGGAGGGGACAGGGCCUGUAUUUCCAGAGAAGAAGUCCCUGACUCUACCUGUGUCUUGUAACAGGGCAGGGCUCCUGCAUGCUCGCUUGCAGCAAAUGGGAACUAUGGAGAAUGCUCACACUUUCAACAACAUGUACUCUCAUACGGAAGCAGAUGUGAGCAGUCAGUGCCUGCUGGAGGCCAAUGUGUCUACAGAGGUCUGUCUGACUGUGCUGGACACACUCAGCAUCUUCAUCAUGGGCUUCAAGACCCAGCUGAACUCUGACCUGGGUCACAACCCCCUGAUGAAGAAAGUUGUCCAGGUGCAUCUGUGCUUCCUGCAGAUCCCUCAGUCUCAAACUGCCCUGCAUCAUUGUCUAUCCUGUGUCUCUCCAUGCGUCCUCCAGUUCCCCUGCACCUUCUUUGACGGCCGGGCCGACAUGUGUGCCUCUCUGUGCUAUGAAAUCCUUAAGUGCUGUAACUCCAAGCUGAGCUUCAUUCGCAGUGAUGCUGCCCAUCUUCUCUACUUCCUCAUGAAGAGUAACUUUGACUAUACGGGUCGCAAGUCUUUUGUACGAACGCACCUGCAGGUGGUAAUUGCUGUCAGUCAGCUGAUUGCUGAUGUCAUCGGCAUCGGGGGAACACGUUUCCAGCAGUCUCUCUCAGUCAUCAACAAUUGUGCCAACAGUGACAAGAACAUCAAACACACAGCAUUUUCUUCAGAUGUGAAGGACCUGACAAAGCGCAUCAGAACCGUGCUGAUGGUCACAGAGCAGAUGAAGGAGCAUGAGAACGACCCAGAGAUGCUAGUAGACCUCCAGUACAGUUUAGCCAAGUCCUACACCAGCACACCCGAACUCCGCAAGACCUGGCUAGACAGCAUGGCAUGCAUCCACAUCAAGUCAAGAGAUCUAUCAGAGGCGGCCAUGUGUUACGUGCAUGUUGCUGCUCUGGUGGCUGAGUACCUGUGGAGGAAAGGUAUGUUCAGGCAGGGCUGCUCAGUUUUCCGUGUCAUCACUCCAAACACUGAUGAGGAGGCGGCUAUGAUGGAGGAUGUGGGGAUGCAGGAUGUUCACUUCAAUGAGGAGGUGCUGAUGGAGCUGUUGGAAGAGUGUGCUGAUGGCCUCUGGAAGGCGGAGCGUUACGAGCUCAUCGCUGAUGUGUACAGGCUCAUCAUUCCCAUCUAUGAACAGCGCAGAGACUUUGAGAAACUGACUCACCUUUAUGGCACCCUCCACCGUGCCUAUACUAAAGUCAUGGAGGUGAUGCACACUGGCAAGAGGCUGCUGGGCACAUACUUCAAAGUGGCCUUCUUUGGACAGGGCUUCUUUGAGGAUGAGGAUGGAAAUGAAUACAUCUACAAACAGCCAAAAUUCACUCCGCUGUCCGAGAUUUCCCAGAGGCUCCUGAAGCUCUACUCUGACAAAUUUGGCCAGGAGAAUGUCAAGAUCAUCCAGGACUCUGGCAGGGUGAAUCCAAAGGACCUAGACUGCAAGCACGCCUACAUCCAGGUGACCCACGUCACACCCUACCUAGAAGACAAGGAGCUUGAGGAGAGGAAGACGGACUUUGAGAAGAGCCACAACAUCCGGCGCUUUGUGUUUGAGAUGCCAUUCACAGUGUUGGGCGAAACGGGGAGGAGUGGAGGGGGAGUGGAGGAGCAGUGUAAACGACGGACUGUUCUCACCACCACACACUGUUUCCCGUAUGUGAAGAAGAGCAUAGCAGUCAUGUACCAACACCAGACUAACCUGAGCCCCAUAGAGGUGGCCAUCGAUGAGAUGAGCACCAAGGUGGCUGAACUGCAACUACUGUGCUCGGCCUCUGAGGUGGACAUAAUCUGCCUGCAGCUCAAACUGCAAGGCAGCGUCAGUGUUCGGGUAAAUGCCGGCCCUCUUGCUUAUGCCAGAGCCUUCUUAGAUGACAGCAGUGCCAAGAAAUAUCCCGACAACAAGGUCAAACAGCUCAAAGAGGUUUUCAGGCAGUUUGUGGACACCUGUGGUCAAGCGCUGGGAGUGAACGAGCGACUGAUCAAAGAAGACCAGCAGGAGUAUCAUGAUGAGAUGAAGGCCAACUACAGGGACCUGAGCAGGGAGCUGUCCAGCAUCAUGCGUGAACAGAUAAAUCCAGUGGAUGAUGGCAGAAGGAGCACCCCGUCUGACUCUGUGGGCAUCUUCAGCACCAUCAAUGGCACACCAAGCAGUGCCAUCCCUCAUGGCUCAACCACCAUACUCUGA